UAUGGCUUUCCGGCCAAACUGUGUGCGCAUUUUGUACCCAGAAUACUAUUCUACGGUUUCUUAACCGGAGGACAGUGAUGGGGAGACUCAGGAGUCUGGAAACAGAGCCCUUCCCGGAGGAGCCACACCUCUGCGUAUUCAUCAGAAACACGAAUAUAGAAAUAGCUUUGGGGGAAUUGUCGUGAGGACCAGUGGGCAUGCCUAGCACUUCAUAGACUGCUGCCACUCAUUCAUUUCAUAGCUAGCACUUCACAGACUGCUAUCACGCGUUCAUUUUCACUAGUAUCUAUUGAACACUGAGUUCCAGGCACUGGGCUGGACAUCGCGAUGGUAUAGUGAGCAAAAACUGACCCUUCCUGCCGUGGAGUUUGCUGGGGGAGGCACAUGUUACUCGAAGAAUCACACCAACCAUAGAAAAUGGCUCAGACAGAGGAGCAAAGAUGCAUCCCGCGGGAGCUGCCAGAAAUGCUGAAGAAGUUUGCCAGAGCCGCCAUCCUGGCGCAGCCGCAGGACCUCCUCCAGUUUGGGGUUGAUUAUUUUGAGGCCGUGUGCCGUGGAGAGAGUUCUCCGGUGAGAGAGCAGUCUGAGCAAGUCGGUUUGUGUAACUGGGCAGAAUUAACACCUGAGCUGUUAAAGACCCUGCAUUCUCAGGUUGCUGGCAGACUGAUCAUCCGUGCAGAUGAGCUGGCCCAGAUGUGGAAGGUGUUGAAGAUCCCAACAGAUCUGUUUAAUAGUGUGAUGAACGUGGGUCACUUCACAGAGGAGAUCGAGUGGCUGAAGUUUUUAGCCCUCGCUUCUAGCGCUCUGGGAGUUACCAUUACCAAAACUCUCAAGAUAGUGUGUGAGGUCUUAUCAUGUGACCAUGAGCCGCCCCGGAUACCUUUCAGCACGUUCCAAUUUCUUUACAUGUAUAUUGCCGAAGUGGAUGGGGAGAUCUCUGCAUCACACGUUAGCAGGAUGCUAAGCUACAUUGAACAGGAAAUAAUUGGUCCUGAUGGUAUCAUCACAGUGAAUGACUUUACCCAAAACCCUAGGGUUCGGCUGGAGUAAGAGCACAAUUUUGACAAUUUUAAAGGAAGAUACAGAGAUGAUUGUACUUCAGAAUGACUGAAACACAUAUACCCUCCAAAAUCAAUUUUCUUGUGUAACUGGUACACAUGAAUAAACAAUUAAACAAACAUGAAAUCAGA